AUGUCCGCCGACGACGACAGCCUCACGCCCCAGUACUCUCCUGAGGAGAUCGACGAGGUCAACAAGCAGCUCGAGGGCAAGACGCCUCAGGAGGUGCUUGUCUGGGCCAUCGACAACAUUGACGGCCUCUACCAGACCACGGCGUUCGGCCUUACUGGCUUGGCGGCGGUCGACAUGAUCUCCAAGAUCGGUAUCGAGCGCGAGACCACCCACCCCGUGCCUCUCAUCUUCCUCGACACGCUGCACCACUUCCCUGAGACCGUGCAGCUCUCGCAGACCGUGGUUGACACGUACCUCGCCGACCUGCACGUGUACAAGCCGCCUCGGGUGGAGAGUGCGGAGGACUUUGCGGCGAAAUAUGGUGACCGGCUGUGGGAGAGCGAUGAGGCGAGUUACGACUAUCUCGUCAAGGUCGAGCCCGCCGCACGCGCGUACCAGGACCUCGGAGUGCGUGCGGUGAUUACCGGACGGCGGCGGAGUCAGGGCGCCGAGCGCGCUGGCCUCAAGGUUCUUGAGGUUGACGAGCGCGGCCUUCUCAAAGUCAACCCGCUUAUUUCGUGGUCGUUCAAGGAGGUCAAGGCCUAUGUCGACGAUGAGGGCGUGCCGUACAACCCGCUUCUUGACCAGGGGUACCGCUCGAUUGGCGAUGUACACUCGACGCACAAGCCGGAUCCGAACGCCGGUGACGUAGCGGAGCGCUCGGGCCGGUGGCAGGGCAAGUCCAAGUCCGAGUGUGGGCUGCACUCGAACUACUGGGACAUGAAGAAGAGGUUUGAGGAGAAGACGGCGACCACAGCGGCAGUGCCCGCGCCAGUGGCGUAG